GGAAUUGCGUCUCUGCCUGCAUCAUAGUUGUUUAAAUCCAGUUUAGUCCGUUUAGUUGGUGCUCAAGAUGCUGGUUGAACUGCUACUUUUUCUCGCCAUCCUAGCGUUGGCCAAGAUUUACUUUGGAGAAAAAACACCAGAUUUUCCUCCAGGUCCAUCGGCGAAAACAGUUUUAAACUCCUUGCUCUUUUUGGCUUAUGGAAGGCCGAUUCAAGAGAUUGCGUUUCACGCGUCUAAGUUGGACGGACCGCUAGUGGGUUUGCAGCUCGGACCGUUGAAAGUAGUUUUUGUAAAUGGCUAUGAGACCGUCAAGGAAGUGCUUGCGAGAGAAGACUGCAGUUUCCGGCCGGACAAUAUUAUUCUGAAGAUGCGAUCCUUCAACAAAAAAUUAGGAAUCCUUUUUGCUGACGGAAAUAUCUGGAGGACGCAUCGGCGCUUCGCAAUCCGUCAUUUGCGCGACUUUGGCUUUGGGAAGAGCAGCACGGAACGCAUGAUUCGCGACGAAGCCGAAGCACUGGUAGAGUCGAUGAAGAAGCGCGCUGGCUGCCCCGAAGGCUCGGCCCUGCACGAUUUGCUGCCCAUCUCGGUCAUCAACGUCCUUUGGGCCAUGAUGUCUGGCCAGAGGCACGACCACGAAGACGCCCAGUUCAAGCAGCUGCUCGAGAGUAUCACCGCUUACACGCGCCAGGGUGAUCCACUCAGGAUGACAUUACCCUGGCUCAGGUUUAUACCUGUGAUAAAUAGGCCCAUCAAAGAAGCGAUGAAGUCUGCAGAAAUUUUGCAGGAUUAUAUUAAGGGUGUAGCAGAGCAACAUGAGGCUACCUACGAGGAAGGCGUUACCCGCGACUUCAUUGACGUUUACAUUAGCGCAAUGAGAAAGGGCGAAGACUCAUCGUUCGAUAUGGAGCAACUCAUCGUAGUGUGUAUGGACCUAUUCCUUGGCGGGACAGACACCACGUCCAACGCAUUGUCCUUUGCGCUGCUCUAUCUCGCGGUCUUCCCCAGGGUGCAGGACAAGCUACGGGCCGAAAUGGAGCGGAUUUCCAAUGGAGGAGAGCCACCCCUCAAAGACGUCCCAAACUGCCAUUACUAUCAGGCGUUUGUGCAGGAGCUUCUCAGACACGUUAGCAUGGUGCCAAUACUACCGCCGCACACAGUUAGCAAUGAUAUCACACUGAGAUCGGGCCAUCACAUUCCAAAGGACACUAUGUUCAUAGUCAAUUUGUACAGUGUGAGCAUGGACAAAAGCCACUGGGUGGACCCAGAAAACUUUCGCCCCGAGAGAUUCCUCGACGAAAGUGGUGUGUACGAGAGAGACCCAUGCUCAAUACCAUUUGGUCAAGGACCCCGGCAGUGCCUUGGAGAGCCUCUAUCAAAGGACACGAUGUUCAUUAUUUUGACGAGUCUACUGCACAGAUUUAAGUUUUCAGUGCCUGCAACUGGACCCUUGCCCACCCUUGAGCCAAAGCAAGGACUGGUGCUUUCUCCCAAAGAUUACAAGUUACAUGUUGAAGAGAUUUAAUAAACUGGGUAUUUUGAUUUUAAU